UCCGCACCCCAGACGGUGGGGAAGCGGGGCCGCCCCACUCGCAUUUUGGAUUUAGUUAUUGUCGUUUUGCAAGCCCCUUCAUCGUCGUCGUCUCCACCAGAAGACGUCACAGAUCGCCACCGUGGUUUUCCCGAUGUGCAGGCACCUCUCACACUGUAAGCAAGUGCGGUGAAAACACUCUUCCUUCUCAUGUGGUGGGUGGAGCCCUUUCAAGCCUCACGCAUUCUGGAUUCGCUCCCGGCUUCGAAUGCUUGAGCUCCAAAACUUUGACCGUGUGCUGGCGCUCGUUCAUUGAAAAGAUGGACUACUUUUUCUUGAUGAUUAAGACUUUGACAGAUUACACUAUCGAAUGGAGAGAAAAUGCAGUGGUUCUAAGUGAUGAGAUAGCGCCGUCUAGGGAGAAUUUCGAAUUUGCGCUAGAACAUGGGUGGUUAUUCCAUCAGUCUGAUAUGCGGAGUAGUAUGAUUGGGUGCAGUGUGGCAGCGCCCACAGAUAUUGCAGUGAAAGGUUGAACACAACGACCCAAGGACAACCUGCACCUUCCAACAGUCAGCGUGAGGUGAAAAGAUAGGCCAGUUUUCAGCUGCACAUAACCUUCACUUCUGCAGGUGCAGAACACGUGCGGUACUGAGCAAUGGGGUCCUCUAAGGCAGAAGAGAAUUUGGCCUUACGGCUGGGCCUCACUGCAGCGUCAGCCAUGGCGUCGGAGUCUGUGACCUUCCCAAUCGAUAUCACGAAAACCCGCCUGCAGCUCCAAGGCGAAAUGGGUGCCACAGCUGGCGCACCCAAGCGAGGAGCGAUCAGCAUGGCGAUCUCUAUAGGCAAGGAGGAGGGCAUUGCCGGUCUUUAUAGGGGCCUUUCUCCGGCACUUUUGCGUCAUGUAUUUUACACAAGCAUUCGUAUUGUUGCGUAUGAAAAUCUACGUACCGCCCUCAGUCAUGGCGAACACCCGGAAAAUCUGUCCGUUGCAAAAAAGGCUUUCAUCGGUGGCACUUCCGGUAUUAUUGGGCAGGUGAUAGCGAGUCCAGCGGAUUUGGUGAAGGUGCGCAUGCAAGCGGAUGGGAGGCUGGUGAAGCUUGGGCAGCAGCCACGCUACACCGGAGUAGCUGACGCAUUCACCAAGAUUGCCCGAGCCGAGGGUGUGACAGGGCUGUGGCGUGGAGUGGGACCCAAUGCUCAACGUGCCUUCCUCGUCAACAUGGGGGAGCUUGCAUGCUACGACCAGUCGAAGCAAUGGAUCAUAGGACGCGGCAUUGCUGCCGACAACAUCGGAGCUCACACGCUUGCAUCAGUGAUGUCUGGGUUAUCAGCUACUAUUCUGAGCUGCCCUGCCGAUGUGGUGAAGACCCGGAUGAUGAACCAAGGCGCUGCAGGUGCCGUGUACCGCAACUCUCUGGAUUGUCUCACCAAAACCGUGAAGGCUGAAGGCGUGAUGGCGCUGUGGAAGGGCUUCUUCCCGACGUGGACAAGGCUGGGCCCUUGGCAAUUCGUGUUUUGGGUCUCAUAUGAGCAGCUCCGCCGCAUCAGCGGUCUAUCAUCCUUCUAAUAAGUAAAGCCUCGCAGUUGUUUUGGGUGUGAAACUUACAUGGCAUUCAGCUCUUACAAAGAUUUCACAUGCUUGAAGAUUUUGAGGUGCUGUUUUUUUUAUCAUUUUUGUUCCUUCUCUUUUCUGCCUCAAUUGGAUGUCAUAGCUGAGGCUAUGAAGCUUAGUUUCAUUGACAAAUGUUUACAUUUGUUAGCAAAUGUGUAGUAAGUGCCACUUGCUUCCAAAAUGUAAGUUUCAGUCUAAUUUGCUUGUCA